AUGAAGUCUUUUAGUUGUGCCCUUCUCAUACUAGGUCUUGUAUUCACAAAUGGGACAAUAAGAUGUAACACAAACGUGGUAACGAAUACAUCUUUAACUACUACAGUAGUUCAGAGUGCAGCUCAAAAUAAUCAAGCGGGAGGUACUCCAGGACAGCCCAGUGGUGAUUCAAGUAACGAACAAACUGCAGGUGGAAGUGUAGUUACAGCACCAUCUGCGUCUCAGCAAUCCCAAGCGGACUCACGUAAUACUCAAGAAUCAACUCAUGUGUCUGAACCCAAUGCUCAAAAUUCAGAUAAUAAUAAUCCUACUAGGGAAGUAGUUCCAGGUGAAGGAAAUUCUCCAGAUACAACUCCUCCUGUACCAGAGGCUGCACAACCAAGUGUCACAAACCCGUUUGCGGUCAAAUCAGCAUUACUAAAAGAUCAUAAUGGGUUGAAAAUUACGGGGCCUUGUAAGUCAAAUUUUCAAGUAUAUCUAGUGCCAUACUUAUACAUUAAUGUUAAUACUGAGAAAAACGAAAUAGAGAUGGAACCUACUUUCAUGAAAGUGGAUGAGAAGAUCAAGUUUGAGAAAGAUGAAAAUAAUAUUCGUAACAAAUGUGGUGAAAAUAAAACAUUUAAGUUGGUUAUAUUCAUUUAUGACGGGGUACUAACCAUUAAGUGGAAGGUGUAUCCUCCAAAAAAUCAGGAAGAUAUUGAUAAGACAUUGGACAUACGAAAAUACAAAAUGAGAGAUAGCGGAAUGCCAAUAACAUCAAUGCAAGUUCUAGUGGUGACUGAGCAAAACAAAACGCUAUAUGUCGAGAGUAAGAAUUAUUCCGUGAAGAAUGACAUUCCAGAAAAAUGCGAUGCAUUAGCUAAUGAUUGCUUUUUGAGCGGUAUUUUGGAUGUCCAAAAGUGUUAUCACUGCACUUUGCUGAUGCAAGAAAAACAAAAUGCAAAAGAAUGCUUCAAAUAUAUUUCUCCAGAAAUCAGAAACCGAUUCGAUGAUAUAAAAACGAAAGGAGAAGACGAAGACGACACGGAUAAGGUUGAACUUGAAGAAGCAAUUCAUAAUAUUCUGAAAAAUAUUUACAAGAAUGAGGGAGAAAAUAAGGAAAUAAAUAAACUUGCUUUAGCAGAUAAUUCCUUAAAACAAGAAUUGAUAAAAUACUGCCAAUUGUUGAAGCAGACAGAUACUAGUGGUGUACUUGACAACCACGAGAUGGCAAAUGAGGAAGAGGCAUUCACCAAUUUGACAAAUAUGAUAGAAAUGAACAGUAAUUAUGAUAUAAAUGAUUUAAAAGGUAAAUUGAAGAAUGUAGCCAUAUGUUUGCAUGAUCCAAACGAAUGGGUAUCAAGCAAAACGGGGCUACUGCUACCUUUAUUGUCACAUAAUAAUGUGUACAAUAAUAUUGACAUUUAUAAUAGUAACGAGGGCAGCACCGUAAUGUUUAAGGAAGGAACAGAUGGAAUUAAGGAUUUCACAAUUCUCGAAAGUGUAGAUGUGUCCCCGUCACAUAUGACAGACAAGCUACAUUGCAAUGAUGAAUUCUGUGAUAGGACGAAGGAUACAGCUAGCUGUAUGUCCAAAAUUGAGGUAGAAGAUCAUGGAGAUUGUGCAUUAUCGUGGAUAUUCGCAUCUAAGUUGCAUUUAGAAACUAUUAAGUGCAUGAAAGGUUAUGACCACCUUCCUAGUUCUGCCUUAUACGUCGCCAACUGUUCACAAAAAGAGGGUGAUGCAAAAUGCCACGCUGCCUCGAACCCGCUGGAAUUUUUGAAUAUUCUUGAUGAUAAGCAGUUCUUACCAUCUGAAUCUGACAUGCCUUAUUCUUACAAAAUGGUUGGUGAUGUCUGUCCAAAACCGAAGCAUCUCUGGGUUAAUCUAUGGGAAAAUGUCAAAUUGUUAAAUCAUAAGAAAAUGCCCAAUACUGUAGGAACAAAGGGAUAUACCGCUUACCAAUGUGAGCAUUUCAAAAACAACAUGGAAAAUUUUAUCAAUAUUGUAAAAUCUGAAGUAAUGAAAAAAGGUUCAGCCAUCGCGUAUGUGAAAGCAAAAGAUGUUCUACAUUACAACUUCAACGGAAAAGUAGUUUAUUCUCUUUGCGGUGGUGAAGUGCCAGAUCUUGCUGUGAAUAUAAUCGGGUACGGAAAUUACAUAAACGGAGAGGGAGUGAAAAAAUCCUAUUGGCUUUUACGAAAUAACUGGGGUAAGUACUGGGGAGACAAAGGGAAUUUCAAGGUAGACAUGCAUACACCUGCAGACUGCCAACAUAAUUUCAUCCACACAGUUGCUGUUUUUAAUUUGGACAUACCCGAAGUUACUGUUCAGACUAAUAAAGACCCGGAAAUACAUAACUAUUAUAUGAAAAACUCCCCAGAUUUUUACAACAAUCUUUUUAUUAAAAAACUGGAUGCAAUGAAGGAUAAUACUUCAAGUAAAGAAAAUUGUUACCAUAAUAAUCCUGUUAUUCAUGGAGAAUCUGAUAACUUAUCAAAUAUUCAAGAAUUUGCAGGAAAAACGUUAGAGGUAAUAAAGUCAUUAGCAGGAGUUGCAGGAGUAGGAGCUAAAGAGGCAGCUAAAGUAGCAGUAAAAAGAGCAGUAAAAACAGUAGCAACAGUAGUAAAAGAUAUUGUACCAGACAAAGAAAAAAAAGGUACAGAAAAAUCAUCUCAAGUAGUAACAGGUGAACCAAGCGUUGCGGUAGCAGGAGGAGAAGCACAGUUAUCGAAUGAACAGACUGUUACAACACUUCCUGAAACUAAUACAUCAGAAAGUGAUGCACAAGAAGCAGGUUCAGAUUUGGUAGUUACACAACAAGCCUCAGCUGCUGGUGGAUCACAGAAUUCAGUACCAGCCACGACACCAAAAGCACCACUAUCGUCAACAACGGGCACAAGCGGCGUAAACGUUAGAGCAGUAACUGGAGUACUUCACUUUCUUAAGAAUGUGAAAAAUGGAAAAGUGAAAAGUAGUUUAGUUACGUAUAACAAUGAGGCAGCCAUUGGUGAUGCAAAGGUUUGUUCUAGAGCCCAUUCCUCAGAUGUUGAAAAAAUAAAAGAUUGUAUUAAGUUUUGUGAAGAUAAGUGGGAUGAGUGUAAAGAUACAGUGUCUCCUGGUUACUGCUUAGCUAAGAAGAAGGGAAAUAAUGACUGUUUCUUCUGUUUUGUGUAA